AUGGACGCUGUGGACUCGGUCGUCGAUCCGUUGAGGGAGUUCGCCAAGGACAGCGUCCGCCUCGUCAAGCGAUGCCACAAGCCCGAUCGCAAGGGUAAGAAGCCUCUACAUGGCGGAGAUGGGGGAUCUGUUGCCCCGAGUUGGGUUCCUCGAAUUCUUUUCCGUGAUUCGAUUCGGUUCGUUUGGGAUCAGGUUUUGCUACGUUUACUUGUAGCUUAAAUUGUGAUUUUCUGUAUGUUUCUUAGAGUUCACGAAGGUGGCGUUCCGGACGGCGAUCGGAUUCGUGGUGAUGGGCUUCGUCGGUUUCUUCGUCAAGCUUAUCUUCAUCCCCAUCAACAACAUCAUCGUCGGCUCCGGCUAA